AUGGCAUCCACUCAUCCAUCUAUCAUAGACAAAAAAAACUCGACAAAAACUACUGCUAGUGGAUCAACAGCUAUCGCCGCAACCAGCAGUACUGUUGUGCUGCCUCGUCAUACUCGUCGAAUUGUACAAAAUUAUCUUCUUGUCUGGCUGGAUGCUAAUAUUGAUGAAUCGAAGAAAGAUUUUAAAAGUUCAUUAGCGCACCUACGGCACAUUGUGGCAACGAUCAGGACAUUUACCGAUGCUGACGAAUGCAUCCAGUUUAUGAAGGACAUUCAAGAAGAAAAAAUAUUUUUGAUUAUUUCUGGUUCACUGGGACAACAUACUGUACCGAAAAUCGAUUCAUGGCCACAAUUAGAUACCAUUUAUGUGUAUUGUGGCAAUAGAGCGGCCCAUGAACAAUGGGCCAAAACGAUGUCGAAGGUAAAAGACGUGUACACUAAUAUCGAUUCAAUUUGUAAAGCAUUAGAAAUCGAUAGUAAACAAUGUGAUCAAACUAUGAUUCCGAUUAGUUUUUGUGGCAUUGAUCCGUCGUUUAUGUACACGCAAUUGUUUCAAGAAGUUUUUUUGGAAAUCGAUGAUGACGACUCUACAUCUAUCAAAGAACUUGUCGAGUACUGCCGUCUUCACGAGGAUAUUCAGGAAAAAGAGAUUCGAGAGAUCGAACGAGAAUAUUGUCAUCAUACACCCAUAUGGUGGUACACCGCGCCAUAUUUUAUCUACUCGAUGCUUAAUCGAGCUCUCAGAUUACUGGAUGUCGAUAUUAUACUAAAAAUGGGUUUCUUUAUUCGACACUUACAUCGAGAUAUUGAAAAAUUACAUCGCGAACAACAAUCCACAACUACAACAAAUGCAACUCCUUUUCAAGUAUUUCGAGGUCAAGGUUUAUCUCUGCAAGACUUUGAAAAAAUGAAAGAAACAAAAGGAAGAUUUAUGUCUUUUAACUUUUUUCUUUCAACAAGUCGCAAUCGUAAAAUUUCGCUGAAAAGCUUUGCAUGCCCGGCAGCACGUAAACCUAAUUUCGUUGGCAUACUCUUUGCUAUGACUAUCGAUCCGACACUAUCUGCAAAAUCAUCGACUCCUUUUGUCGACGUCAGAAACGUCGGCUACUACGGAGAUAAAGAAGAAGAAAUUCUUUUCUCGACACACACAAUUUUUCGCAUCGAUCGAAUUGAACGAAUCGAAGACAAACAUACUGAUCGCCUAUGGGAAGUUAAUCUCACACUCAUAGGUAACUACGUCGAUGAUUUGAACAUGGUCGCGGCAUAUAUACGCGAGGGAACUAGUGCAAAAGGAUGGUCUCGACUAGGUGAAAUACUUAUUGAAGUGGGAGAGUCUGCAAAAGCGGAACAAGUCUACCAGCACCUCCUGGAAAGAGCAUCUUCCGAUAAAGAUAGAGUGGGUUACUAUUUCCAACUUGGUGAAGUGUAUAACAACAUGGGCAAUUACUCGAAAGCACUUUCGUUUUAUGAAAAAGCACUCAAUAUCUACGAAACUAUUCGCCCUCCAAACCAUCCCGACUUGGUUUAUUGCUACAAUGGCAUUGGUUUGGUGUAUAAUAACAUGAAGUUGUAUUCGAAAGCACUUUCAUUACAUAAACGAGCGCUUGAUAUUCGCCAAAGAUCUCUCUCUCCUAAUCAUCCCAGUCUAGGUACUUCCUACAACAACAUCGGUUUAGUGUAUGAUAAUAUGGGUCAGUACUCAAAAGCGCUUUCAUCACACGAAAAAGCGCUUGAUAUCAGGAAGAAAUCUCUACCUGAGAACCACCCCGACUUGGCUGCUUCCUACGGUAACAUCGGUAGUGUGUGCUAUAACAUGGGUGAUUAUUCGAAAGCACUGUCAUCAUAUAAACUAGCACUCGACAUUAACCUAAAAUCUCUGCCCCCGAGUCAUCCCGACCUGGCUGCUUCCUACAACGAUAAUGGUUUGGUGUAUGAAAAGAUGAGCGACUACUCGAGAGCACUUUUAUUUUACGAGAAAGGUUUUGAUAUCUUGAAAAAAUCUCUCCCUGAGAACCAUCUCACCUUGGCUGCUUCCUACGGCAACAUCGGUAAUGUGCAUUGUAAGAUGGGCGAGUACUCAAAAGCACUUUCAUCCUACGAAAAAGCACUUAAUAUCCACCAAAACGCACUCUCUCCGAACCAUUCCGACUUGGCUUGGUCCUACAGUAACAUCGGUUCGGUAUAUAAAGCCAUAGGCAAAUACUCGAAAGCACUGGAAUAUUAUGAAAAAACGCUUGAGAUUUUCGAAAAAUCUCUUUCUCCAACGCAUCCGCAUGUCGAACUAUGCAAAAAAAACAUUGAACUUGUGAAGAAGAAAUUAUAAUUCGUUCAUUUUUUCACUGCAAGAAAUUUAACUCGUCUCUUUAAGGUUCAUUACGAAUUUGUUUCUAUGUAAUAGGGUGUGGGGUGUGGGUGUGGGUGUUGGUGUGGGUUUGGUGUGAGGAAACAAUAAACAACCACACCCACACCCUCUAAACAUAGCAUGCGCUAAACCCGAUAGGAAAACCUUUAAUUACUCAUUGAAAAUCUACGCCAAGAGUAACCUAGCAUGGGAAAUUCGAAUCUGAGAACAGUAUUGUUCUAAUAUUAAUAUAGGUAAGAUUUAGAUAUAUCAGAUGUCCUAUAGAACUGCGUUCUGAAAUUUUUCAGGCUCGUAUACUUAGCUACUUUUUCUACUCAACUUUUCCUUCAAGUGCCAGUCUAGUUCUUUUUUCUAUUAUUCAUUUGAAUAUAUUAAGUUAUUUGUUAGAAAUAAAAAAUUAUAGUGUACCAUAUGUUUGGAUGUAAGAAUUGAAAAAAUUCUGGCCAAUCUCAAUUGGUAAUUUCCAUUUUCGCCGAAUUCCAACUUCACCGAAAGAAUUUUUCGCUGACGGAGACAUUGGAAUGAGUGCACAUGUGGGUGUAGGUGUAAGUGUG